CCCCUGUUGAUGCCGCAGAGCUCUCCCAGCGCCGCCGCCACCGCCUCCGACAUGGACAAGAACAGCGGCUCCAGCAGCUCCUCCGCCUCUUCGGGCAGCAGCAAAGGGCAACAGCCGCCUCGCUCCGCCUCGGCGGGGCCGGCCGGCGAGUCUAAACCCAAGAGCGAUGGAAAGAACUCAAGUGGAUCCAAGCGUUACAAUCGCAAACGUGAACCUUCCUACCCCAAAAAUGAAAAUUUUAUCAACCAGUCCCGUCGCUCCAAUUCACAGAAAAGCAAAACUUUUAAUAAGAUGCCUCCUCAAAGGGGCGGCGGCAGCAGCAAACUCUUUAGCUCUUCUUUUAAUGGUGGAAGACGAGAUGAGGUAGCAGAGGCUCAACGGGCAGAGUUUAGCCCUGCCCAGUUCUCUGGUCCGAAGAAGAUCAACCUGAACCACUUGUUGAAUUUCACUUUUGAACCCCGUGGCCAGGCUGGUCAUUUCGAAGGCAGUGGACAUGGCAGCUGGGGAAAAAGGAACAAGUGGGGGCAUAAGCCUUUUAAUAAGGAACUCUUUUUGCAAGCCAACUGCCAGUUUGUGGUGUCUGAAGACCAAGACUACACAGUUCAUUUUGCUGAUCCUGAUACCUUAGUCAACUGGGACUUUGUGGAACAAGUGCGCAUUUGUAGCCAUGAAGUGCCAUCUUGCCCAAUAUGCCUAUAUCCACCUACUGCAGCCAAGAUAACCCGUUGUGGACACAUCUUCUGCUGGGCAUGCAUCCUGCACUAUCUUUCACUGAGUGAGAAGACCUGGAGUAAAUGUCCCAUCUGUUACAGUUCUGUGCAUAAGAAGGAUCUAAAGAGUGUUGUUGCCACAGAGUCACGUCAGUAUGUUGUUGGCGAUACCAUUACAAUGCAGCUGAUGAAGAGGGAGAAAGGGGUGUUGGUGGCCUUGCCCAAAUCCAAGUGGAUGAAUGUAGACCAUCCUAUUCAUCUUGGAGAUGAACAGCACAGCCAGUACUCCAAGCUGCUGCUGGCCUCCAAGGAGCAGGUGCUGUGCCGGGUGGUGCAGGAAGAGAAAGCAGCGCUGGAGCGACAGCUGGCAGAGGAGAAGCACACGCCCGAGUCCUGCUUUAUUGAGGCAGCUAUCCAGGAGCUAAAGGCUCGGGAAGAGGCUCUGUCAGGAUUGGCUGAAAGCAGAGGGGAGGUCCCUGGUGUCGUGGCUGCUCUGGAACAACUGGUGCUGAUGGCUCCCUUGGCGAAGGAGUCCGUUUUUCAACCCAGGAAGGGCGUGUUGGAGUACCUGUCUGCUUUUGAUGAAGACACCACCGAAGUUUGUCCUCUGGGUCCUCCUCGUCCUGUUGCUCUCCCUGUGGUAGAGGAGGAGGAAACAGUGUCUGAACCAGAGCCUGAGGGGUUGUCAGAGCCCUGUGAGGACCUGGAGUUAGCAGAAGACAAUCUUGGAGAAGGGACCAUUUGUACCGAGUCCAGCCAGCAGGAACCCGUCAGCAAACCAAGCGUCACACACCUGAGCAGCUCUCCUUGUUACUACUUUUACCAAGCGGAGGACGGGCAGCACAUGUUCCUGCACCCUGUGAACGUGCGCUGCCUCGUGCGGGAGUACGGCAGCCUGGAGCAGAGCCCUGAGAAGAUCUCGGCCACGGUGGUGGAGAUCUCCGGCUACUCCAUGUCUGAGGAUGUGCGACAGCGUCAUAGAUACCUCUCUCACUUGCCACUCACCUGCGAGUUCAGCAUCUGUGAACUGGCUCUUCAGCCUCCUCUGGUCUCUAAGGAAACCCUAGAGAUAUUCUCAGAUGACAUUGAGAAGAGGAAGCGGCAGCGCCAGAAGAAGGCCAGGGAGGAACGCCGCCGAGAGCGCCGGAUUGAGAUGGAGGAGAACAAGAAGCAGGGCAAGUACCCAGAAGUCCACAUUCCCUUGGAGAAUCUACAGCAGUUUCCUGCCUUCAAUUCCUACACCUGCUCCUCUGAUUCUGCUUUGGGUUCCACCAGCACUGAGGGCCAUGGGGCGCUCUCCCUUUCUCCUCUUAGCAGAAGUCCAGGUUCCCAAGCAGACUUUCUGCUGACCCCUCUGUCACCCACUGCCAGUCAGGGCAGUCCUUCAUUCUGCGUUGGGAGUCUGGAAGAAGACUCUCCCUUCCCUUCCUUUGCCCAGAUGCUGAGAGUUGGAAAAGCAAAAGCAGAUGUAUGGCCCAAAACUGCUCCAAAGAAAGAUGAAAACACCUUAGGUCCUCCUGCCCCUGUGGACAGCGAUGGGGAGAGUGAUAACUCAGACCGAGUUCCUGUGCCCAGUUUCCAGAAUUCCUUCAGCCAAGCUAUUGAAGCAGCCUUCAUGAAACUGGACACACCGGUGACUUCAGAUCCACUCUCUGAAGAGAAAGGAGGAAAGAAAAGAAAGAAACAGAAACAGAAGCUCCUGUUCAGCACCUCCAUCGUCCACACCAAGUGACACUACUGGCCCAGGCUAACCUCUCCAUCUGGUUUUCUUUUAUUUGCGCUUUUGUUUUGCUGCUGUAAUUUUUAAGUAUUUGAGUUUGAACAGAUUAGCUCUGGGGGGAGGGGGUUUCCACAAUGUGAGGGGGAACCAAGAAAAUUUUAAAUACAGUGUAUUUUCCAGCUUCCCGUCUUUACACCAAAAUAAAGUAUUGACACUCACAAGAGAGCUCUUCCUGCCAAGGUUUUUAGUUUGUUGCCAGGUAGUCUUUUUGACCCAUGUGUAAUUAGUUUUUCUCAACCCCAACUUAAGUUUUAGUCUCUUGGAGCAGCCCAAACCAGUGUUAGGGCACCUUGCUUUCAGCACACCUAUUGGUGUGUCUUUUAAAAAUAGUUGAAUCUUUUCUAUCUGUUCAGUACUCCUCUCGUUAAAGAAACAGAGGGAUGGGAAUAAAGUGGAUGUAGGAUACCCAGCUUGAAUUGUAGUUUUUCUUAUGACAACCAGGCUGUGGUGUCAGAUCCAGGUUGUGCUUGUGUGAUGGAGGGUUUUACCUUCUGUUUGGCACAGAAAGUUGUAACUGUAAUUGACUAAGGAGGCCCUAGGACCUGAUAGCCUUUAGGUCAAACUUGUUUCAAGUGACAGUGGCCUGAAUGAAUUACAGAAACAGGAGUCUGGCACACCCGGAGGCAGAGCAGGACAGGUUUGAAAGCAGUGGGGAUGCCUCCCCCAGCCCCUGCCCCCCAAUGCCUCCCUGUUGUCUAGAGCAGUCUUACGCCUUGGUUUGAGCUGAAUGAAUUUGAGUGAUGUGAAUUAUUUUGCUGCUUAAUAAAGUGACCUCUAGGUAUAAUAGACUAUGAAGGUAAAUAGUUGAAAUAAAUCACCUGCAUAAGCA